AUGGACAUCCUGCGGGGGCCCUGCAUUGCCCUGGCUCAAGUGUCUGUAGUACCUCAGCAGGCGUUUGAUCCAGGUAAUCAGCAGGUCACUGUGCGACUGAAGAGUGUUCUGGAUGCAACGAAAGCUGUUGCUGUCAAAAACGAGCUCUCAGAGGGUCUCGGUGACUACGUAUAUUUUCCUCUGCAUCAUCUGCUGCAAAAAGAUGCUUUGGGCGACCGUCAGACCGACUAUCUGCUUCAAAUACUCACCUUAUUAUUCUAUAAUGCGUGGGAAACGGUCACACUGGAAAGGGCGUCUCAAUUGCUCUCGGUUGUCGUGUAUCUCGUUAGUCCAGAACCCCCAGGCGAGCUGGUUAAAUUCCGUGAAAAAUCAACUGAGCUACACACUUCGGCGUUUCGUUGUAUGUAUGCGGUAAUUAAAGCGUGCGAAAGAAGCUCUAUAGCCGACCAAAUUGCUGCUUCUCCUUCUAUUCCGCACAUUAUCACUGUACUAUUGGCGUCGUUGCAGUACGACUCUGAUCUUAACGCACACUCAGCGGCAUUAGAUUCACUGAGUGCGAUAUGGGAUCAACUCAAACCUGAUCAGAUGGCAUUGUUGCUGCCAGGUAUUGCCUCAAAGCUUGUCAACUUUACGGCCAUGAUGUACGAAAAGGCUCACAUAAAGGCCCGGGCUGCAGCGGUGCGGCUGUUUGCCAAGAUCGUAGUGGGCUGCUUGGCUGAUAAUUUGCAAGACUCGAAAGUCAGAGAUAGUAGGUGGAAAUCAACCGCAAUUGGCCAAGUCAACCGGAGCAUCGACACGAUAUAUGGUCUACUGCCCAAGGCUAACCCAGAGGUUGUUUUGGCAGCUGUGGAAAUGGCUAGCUUGAUAGCACAUAAUUGCAGCAAGUCUAUCGAAAUGGAAAAGAUAAUCGAGAUUUUAGUUUUUGGAUCUACGUCUACGUUCGAUAUUGUUAGCAGUGGAGCUAAUGACGUUUUGGGCGAGCUCCGCGCGAAACCAGAGUUUUCGGAUGCACUAGAGAAGCACUCUGUCUCUCUUAUAGACUCUCUUGGCAGCAGGUUCAAUUCAUAUGAAGACACAAAUGCACUAGUUGCCGUCAAUGCUAUUUCAAAAUCCCUCAAGCAUGAAAAAAGUGAGGCAUUCUUAGAUACGUUGUUGACUGUGAUCGACCGCUCCCUGGUGCUCACCAAGCCUCGACAAACAAAACUACCCCAAGGAAACGAUCUUUCACUAGCGGACUUUGGACUAGAAGUCAAUGUGUCGAAGCAAGUGGAGCUCUCUUUGACAAGUCUUUUGCAUGAGGUAGGGCGCGUCAAUGGGAAGCCUGUUCUUUCCAAUCUUCUUGAUACUCUGCAAUCGACACCGAACACGCUUGGUCAAACGCAACUACUUUGGAUAGCCUCUCACGUGCUUCAAGGCUACGAAGGAGACCCUGAUACCACGUUUGACUAUCUUGAUUUCACUUUCCAAGUUGUCGCCGCUGCGGGGUCCUUGUCUUCGACUUUACCACCUAGUUUAGUCGGAUUGUCAGUCAACCUUUUGGGCAGAUUAGCGCUCAACUUGGGGACAACUUUUGAAGCUCAACUAACUGACGUUCUAUUCCCAGUGGCCAACCUCUUGGGAAGUGAUAAUGGCAUUGUCACAUACCACGCAAAACUGUCACUGGCGGCGAUUGCUCAAGCAUGCAGGUACCCAACUCCUCAAGUGAUGAUUUUGGCCAAUAAAGAUUAUAUUCUGGAUGGUAUAUCAAUCAAACUCAACACAAUGGACAUUGCACCAACGACCCCUGCCAUGCUUUCAGCAUUGAUAAACAUGGCAGGAGACUCAAUUGUACCAUAUUUGGACGACAUUGUGGCUUCCCUUUUCGUGAUCCUCGAUAACUACCAUGCCUACUCUGUUUUGGUAACUGGCAUUUUCUCUGUAUUCACCACUAUUGCCAAAAUUCUAGUUGCAGAUGUUCCCAAAACCAUCAGGGCCAAAGAGACAAAAGCUCUGCAUUUUGAAAAAUUUGAAGACAUGAUUGAGGAGCUUAAGCGCAAACCCACGGUGCCAGAUCUGCCGGAAGCUCCUGAGGUUCCCGAAACAGAAGAGGACGACCCUCAAAUCAGAGAACUCGAUCCAGAUGCAGAUGAUAUUGAUAAGCCCAUGAGCGACGAAGAGGAGUGGGACUCGCCUGUUCCCAAAUCUUCCUAUAUGAUUGCCAAACGAGUCAUGGGCUACGCAGAUCGGUUUCUCACGCAUAAAAAUGCCAGUCUCCGGUUCAAUCUCUUGAAGCUGAUUAUAAGUAGUUUGCCGGUGCUGGCCACUAGCGACAAAGAGCUUUUACCUGCCAUUCAUAAGUUGUGGCCUGUUUUAGUGAGUCGGCUAGAAGACUCCGAGACUUUCGUCGUAGAAGCCGCUCUCGAAUGCGUUGCUGCUAUCUCAACUUCCACGGGUGAUUUUGUCACCAAGAGAUUCCAAGAGCUAUGGCCCAGUUUGAAAUCACAAUUUGGCGGUUUCAUUGGCAAGUUGUGGCCCCAGUUCUCGUCACAAGCUCGCCUUGGGUCUGCGUUUGAGAGGUGUCUUGUCCAGGUGGUCGCAAACACCCCCUUGUCCGCAGAGGUUUUGAACAGUGUCAUAACUACAUUCAAACCAGGAUUUAAGCGUGGGGAGUAUCUCGAUCUGUACACAGAACUUGAAAGCGUUGCUGGUGAUCAACUGUACGUUGAAAUGAUAGAUAUGCAGGUGUGA